AUUCACUUUAAAAUUCAUAUUCAGGUUUAGUUUGGUAUGGGAUGUCUUGUCUCGACAUCUGGUGGAAGGCAGGCGAGUUGCUAACCGGCAGUUUUGGCAGACGGUCAUUCUGCGGAACAUUCUGCGGGAAGCACACAUCAUUCUGCGGUCAUUCUGUGGACAGAUCAUUUGUUUUGUUUUGUGUGUCGUUCACACAGUCACAGUUUCACACACUCAAUGUCAGUAUUACUCUUAAAUUUACGUUCAUUAUUUUUCAUGUAUCUAAUUCAGGACUGAGUUUUCCUGACUUUUGUACUGGAUAUAAUGUUUUCACAGAGCAACCGGCUUUGCCUGCUUUAUUACGUGGGGCUAAUGAAGAGCAAGCAGCAACCAACUGUAGAAAAAUACCUAUUGAUCUUGAACAGCUGAAAGAUUAUCUUGCCAGUGAUUUCAAAAAUCGGGGGAUUUCUGUUUUGAUGCAGAUCAGUGAACCAACACUCUUAAACGUAGAAUCAAGAGCAUGGUUUAUCAAAAGAGAAAGCUACUCCAACAUUUCUGAUAAUGAUCUUGAUAUUGUGAUUGCCAACGUGCUCAAAAGGUUUCCCAAGUUUGGUCUACAGUUGUUGCAAGGCAAACUUGUUGCAAAUGGGUACAAAUUGCAAGAGAAGCGUUUGCAAGCUUCCUAUGCUAGAAUUGGGCUGAAGAAAGCUUAACCUGGCUUGAAACAGAUUCCUCGUGUGGUUUAUCACGCAGAUUCCCCUUUACAAAUGUGGCACAUGGAUGGAUUCCACAAAUUUGAUGGAUGGGGAUUUGUUCAUGGAAUUGUUGAUGGACAUAGUAAGGCGAUAGUGGGAAUGCAAGUUAGUGACAAUAACCGCUU